UUUGUGUGUUCUUUUUUUAGGAAAGUAUGUUCAACGUCUCCAUGGACGCGACAAAAACAGCAACACAUUUCCAUGUCCCAAAUGCCGCUCAGCGUUUACGCUUAAAUCAAGCAAAGAUUUUUCUGAUAUGGCAAGUAAUCAUUUCAUCAAGAAUAUGCUGGAAAUUAUGGCGAUUCAACGAAACGCGAAAGCGUCUACCGCAUGUUCACGCUGCCUAGAUCCUUCCAUUAAUCACUGCGCUACAUGCGAAAUGUUUAUGUGUAAGAAAUGUUCAGAGUGGCAUAAUACCUGGCCGGCGAUCAAAAACCACAAUGUGCUAUCUGUAGAGGAACUGAGUAAACCUGAAAGUCAAGUAAAAAUAAUGAGAAGGAAACUUUACUGCAUGAUACACGAAGACAAAAUACUGGAGUAUUAUUGUGAAACGUGCAAGGAACUUUCCUGUAUGCAUUGCUUGGUGUUAUAUCACCAGAAACAAAAUCAUUCGUGUGCAGCAGUAAGUGACAUCGCACAGAAACAAAGAGAAAGAUUGCAAUCAUGCUGCACAGCACUUGAUGAGAAAUUUUCUGAAGGAAAGGAAGCAUUAACCAACAUUGGUGAGGUGAUGAAGUCUCUUAAAAAGAACGCUGAAACUGCUAAAGGUCAAAUCAAAGAACAAAAGGAAAAUAUCUUGAAGAUUGUGGCAGAAAAACUUGAUGAGAGAGCAAAGAAAAUGAAUGAGGAGGUGGACAAGGUUUAUGGUGAAUUACACAACGAACUGUCCAAGCAAAUGAAUGAAAUGAUACAUUUUCUUGAUAAAAUUCAAGCUUCACUGUCUUUGCCAAGAAAUCUCCUAAAGAGAGGUACUAUAGAAGAUAUUCUCUCAUCACAGAAAUUAAUUGAUGAAAAUAUUAGAAAGUUGAGAAGUGAACAGCCAGAGAGUCUGGCCACAGUGAAUGAUGGUGGUAUUCAGUAUGUACCUGGCUACAUUGGUAACAUCAAUGUUGAUGAAAUUCUUGGUAAAUUGGGGUAUGUAGAAGGUAUGUACAAAUAUGUCAAUUCAGUACUUCAUUGAUUUUUAUCACAUAAUUUAUAUGUCUUUAUUUAGGGAUGUAUAUUUCUUUAAACUCUAGUAGUUGAAUUAAAGCCAAGGAGAAAUAGUGUAUCUUUUAGGACCUGUUUGCAUUUAGCUCGGGUAGCCCAAGUCUAUUAUUGCGUUUUUGCUAGCUUCCUUUUACGUGGGUGUACACUUAAGCUAGUGAUCAUAGUUGCAAGGCUAUGUCCUGCCACGUAUACCGCAAAUUAUUUCUUAUUAAGUCUGUGAAUUACUGCUAAAUAAUUUACUGUGUUGUAAACUGUGACAAGCUGUAACUAAUGGUUAAACAACUGUGAAAGCCUUUCACGCCUAUUAUUAACCAUUUUGCAUUAAAUUGGAAACAAAAAUGUUUCAAGAACUAAAAUUUACAACAAUCAAUAACCCCAGUAUUUUGUAAAUUAUCCACUAAUGUAAAAUUAUAAUUAUCGAAAGACCACAUUUAUAUUUUCGCAACUUUUCACGUAUCUGAAACAAUACUAGACUAGAUAUAGUAUACGACAGAAUUCUUAUCCAAGAUCUUCUUAUGGUAUCAAAUAACAUUGAUCUUCCCCCAAGUUUUCUAGACGGGCCUACCAUUCCGGAGACAACUGUUCUCCAAAUGAAUAUAUGAAAUUAACCAGCGCGAAUUCCAUAUAAACUCAGUUUAGGGCCCAUUAAGCUCGAUAGGACAUAUUUAGUUGAGAACUAAUUUCAAAAUUUUUAGUGCAGCAAUUAAGAAUUUCUCACAACAUCUGUUAUCACUUCAGUAUAUUUAGUAUCGGACUUUCCCUUAGCCUCAUUUUAAUAGAUUCUUUUUGUUUUUUAUAAUGACCAAUAACAAGGUUAAAUAUUUUAAUUUUUAAAUUUUUUAAACGAAUUUUUUACUGUUAUCACUACAUGCACAUUUUCCCUCAGCUACACUGUUUCAAUUCUGCACAAAUUGGUUAUCACUGACACUGUAUACUAAAUUAAAUUAGGCAUUGUACAUUUUAUAUACGCCUCUUCUACUGGGAUUCGAUCCCUGAAAUAGACAGUUAUGUGAUUAGAAAGCUGGGGAUUGAGAGGGAUUCAACUAUACCUCAAAAAUACAAGUGAAACUUUGAAGUAGUUAAUUACUUGUAUUUUUCAGGUAGUUGAAUCCCUUUCAAUACGCCGCUUUCUAGUGUUAUUGCCACUACCUACUCUGGCAGACCAUUCAAGGUUUUAUUUUGUGAAUAUUAUUUUGCCCCAGUUAUUAUAUAUAUAUACAUGCAAAAAGAGAGCAUCCAGUUUGGCUGUACAGUUAUAAACACUGCACGUUUUCUAUGGUGCCAGUUUCUAUCUGCAUGUACCACUGUACGAAUGAGCUAAGGAUAUUAAGCUUACGCUAGACGUCUUGAAUGAAUGAAGUAGAUAAGUAUAGGGACUAGUUCAAACGUUGAACUUCGCAUGAACCAAGGUCGGCGAGAGCCAACCACGGACCACGGGACAAAAUAGACAGAUUUAGAUCGAAGACGCGGACGUCAAAGACGACGUGAAAAUGGCAUGUUGUGCCCAUGUAUGGGUAUGCCACGCCAUUUUCACGUCAUUCUCACGUCGUCUUUGACGUCCGCGUCUUCGAUCUAAAUCUGUCUAAUGACGAUUGGUGAACGCGGGCCCCCUGUCCCUCUCGGCUCUCUCGCUGGUUAUUUUUAAUCGCAAUCAACGAGAGAAUUGCCAGCGAAUUACUUGCAAGAAAUCGCAUAACUGAUAAAAACGCAAUGUGAACGAUGUUCAGCUAACUGUUUUUGCCGAGAAAACGACAUUUGGUACGACGUUUUACGAUCGAUGAUGACGAUCAGCGGAUAGUGUGCAAGCUAGUAGGCGUAUUUCAUUUAGGACAAACAUAAAUCGAUGAUAAACAAUACGAACAUUUUACCGAGAUUUCCGGGCCCCUCUGAGCACUCCGGGUCCCGGGUAGUUUGCCCCCCCCCCCUCGCCGGCCUUGGCAUGAACUGCAUGAUCCUAAUUUCAUCAGUUGAGCUCAUUUCGAAGAUCGAGGUAUCAAUCAGCCAAUUUUGCAUGAACCAACUAUAUUUACAUGCCAUUAGACUACCGCUGGUCAUAAAUACCGUUUAUCUUUUUCGAAAAUUGUUUGGACUCAAGUUAGAUUUAGGUCAACUCUAGAUCGACACAAAAGAAAGAUUCGCGUGAAGUUCGACGUUUGACUUGAGCAUAAGGGGCGGACCAUUAGAAAUCCCGGGAGGGGGGAAAAUUCCCCCAAAACAAUUCGUGCAAAGAAAAAUGCCUGGAAAAAAAUUCGUGCAGCCAUUACGUCAGAGAAAAAACUCCUUCGUGCAAGCAAACAGCAAAGUACAAAUAGUCUUGAAAAAAAAUUCGUGCAGAGGUUAAAUGCAUUAAAAAAAAUUCCUGCAGACAUGAGACUGAAAAAAAAUUCGUGCCGCAAAAAAUUUAUACCCCCCCCCCCUACCUGGAUUUCUAAUGGUCCGCCCCUAAGUAAAAAGUAUUCAGAUCAUCUCACGAAGCCCAAAUAUACAUAUUAAUGUUAUUAAGGUCGUAACAGGUUUACAGUUUCAGGAUAUUAUUAUCAAAUUGUUUCCUUCAUAAUACUGUCGUUCCAAGGGCCAAGGUCUUUUAUUGCAUAACAUAAUAAUGAUCUGGUCGUAUAGCUCGAUCUUGCCAAGCCCAAGGUUACUUACUAGCUAUAAUUAAUUGUUUAGAUACUCCAUCUGUUCCUGAUAAUUUAAAAAAGUCUUCCAGUAUUUUGAAAGGAGAAAUUGCCUUCAUGAAAAAACUACAGAAAUGGUUGGGAGAGAAGUGUAAAUGGAAUCUUUGCUAUCGGGCAUCUAGAGAUGGUUGGAGUCCUGGAGAUUUUCACAGGCAUUGUGACAAUAAAGGAGCGACAGUGGUUUUAGUCAAAGCCAACAAUUGCAUCUUUGGUGGAUACACUGACCAACAAUGGGACUCAAGUACGCAAGAUAAGAUUUUUACAUUGUAUUUCAAUACGUACGAGCCACUGUGCAUUGCAAGUGGUGUACUAGUAUUGAAACGUCAAUUAGAUAAAAAGCAUGCAUCCCGAUCACAAUCAAACCAGGCCUACAUUUUAUAUAACGUUCCAUUGCACUGAACUCGUGCAACCCAAAUCUUCAUAAUGAGGCCGGCGGAAUUAAAUUGAAAAUGCGUAAUACAGUGAAGGAAAAUAGCGGGUGUGAAGGACAAAGUAAAAUGAUAGUGAAUGCCAUUUAUUGACAUUUAUUACAUCAAUUAACUCGUCACUAUGCUCAGACAUUGUUUUGGACAUGUUUGUUGGAUUUCUAUUAUAAUUGUAAACAUUGUACAUGCAACUCAUGCAUGUAUUUGUAUGUUGUAUUUAAUUCAAUGAAACAUCGAUAACAUUGAUUUGUUUUGGUGUUAUUUAAAACAAAUGAAGAUUUUCAUUCGUGUCAUAAUAAAAGUAUUUUCAUUCAGUGAAAAAUAGAAUUUUCCAUUCCACUUGACUGUUGCCUCGUGAAUAGAAAAUUAUUUGUAUAAUAGGAGUACGCAGAUUUAACUGAAGCUUUGCUCUGUCUACCUAGCCAACCUAUAUCAUCUGUGAUUCAGUGAUAAAGUAAUUAAUACAAAACAAAUAAUAGGGGAUGAUAAAGAGGUAAUAUUUGGAGCUGUAACUUGCCAAUGGGAAGAGAAAAAUUUUUCCAUUUUCGAAGGGAUUUGGAAAAUUCGCGAGUGGCUGGGAAAAUAAGAUUGAAAAUCCCUCUGGACGAUCCUGAUUAUACCUAGCUAUUUAAAAGGGUCUAGAAACUGCUAUUAAAUAUUUGAUAUAAAGUUGAAUUUUUUUCUUUAAUUCAUUUUAAGGUGGUGCUUGGAAAUAUUCCAACGCGUCAUUUUUAUUCUCCCUGCGCAACAAAGACAACCUUGCUCCAUUUAUUGCCAACGUCAAGCAAGGUCAGGAACACAAAGCAAUCGCCUGCCACCCUAGUUAUGGAUCGAUCUUUGGUAAAGGUCAUGAUCUGAUUAUUCGUGCCAAUCCUCAAGUUAAUCAGUCGCAAAGUAAUUUUGGAGACACGUAUCAGCUCCCCCGGGGUUAUGCUCAUGGCAGUAAACAAGCAAAGAACCUUCUUGCUGGUCAAAACGGUUUCUUAACGACAGAAAUUGAAGUCUUCAACUAAAAUAUUGUGUUUCUGUUUGCUUGCAUAAAGCAUUACAAUCACGACUGAUGUGUAGUGAGAUAGAAGUUCAAUCUAUACGAGUCAUUUAUAUAAAGUUUUAAUGCAUAAAAAAAUAAUGCAUGUUUAUUUUCGCCCGAGGCAGGAAGCGGGAGUUAACCCACUUGCCUGUGAAGCAAUGUUUUAAUACGCAGACACAUUGCUAUGUAAAGGAGCAUAUAAUAAUGGUUAAAUUUGAGAAGAGUGCCAAGUAUUUUUUUAAAAUUUGACCGUAAAGUAAUCCUGUACGCCAAAAAAAGUUAUUAUAAUAAUAAUUUGAUCCGAACAUUGAUUUCCAUUUUGAUUCGCAUGAUUUUUCAUUGAUGUCUGUGAUAUUGAAAUAUUACAUGAUCAUAUAUAUGCCAAUAUAAUAAUACCAAACUCAACUUUCAUAGCCACGCCCAAAUGGCAUUAUUUUUAAUUUAGAGAGAUAAACUACAAUUGUCUGCAUUGACUUCUUUGUAUUAAAAAUUACUGAUCGUGAAAUUAGAUAAUGUAAAUAAUCUAAAAAUGAAUAUAAUUUUACUCUGUUGAUUAAAAUUCAUAAUUAUUGUGUGCAACAUUAUAAUUGAAUUGUUGUUGGGCUCAUGAAAAUGGGCCAUAAGUUGAAAGGUUAUAUUUUGAUUAAUUAAGCGAUAAGUAAUACCAACAUGUAAGCAAUGAUUAGCAGAUAGAAGUUUACAGUCUGACAAUUUGCCAAAGAAAUCGGGCUGAUUGUGGGUGGCGCCUGUUGUGUUCGGGCAGUGGAACCUUGCGGGUACGUCUUGCAAUUUGAUUUCAAGAGAUCUUUAAGGGAGUCGAAGAUAAUUUUGACCUCAGAGGUAAUUUGUAACUGUGAUGUGGGUUCGUCGAAGC